AUGUAUCAUCUCUUCAAAUCCCUCUACCUUCACGCCACCAGCAAAGAGGAGUACUCGAUCCUCUUGCUGGGGCUCGACAACGCGGGCAAGACGACAUUGCUCGAGCAGAUCAAGAGCUUGUACAACGAUGCCCACCAGCCCAACCUCAAGACCGUGCCGACAGUAGGUCAAAAUCUCAGUGUCAUCGAUCUACCAGAACUCUACCUGCGGGUCUGGGAUGUAGGUGGGCAACACUCUCUGCGCAAUCUCUGGCAGUCUUAUUACAGCAGUUGUCAUGCCAUUGUCUUCGUCAUUGACAGCACAGAUAUCGGCGACGCGGAUAUUGAGAGAUUGAGCAAGGGCAACGUGAGAGAGGACGAGGAAGGCCGUCUGGACGAGUGCAGGAUGGUGCUGGAGGACGUCCUACAGAACGAAGAAACCGAAGGUGUUCCGAUCCUAGUUUUGGCCAACAAGCAGGACCGCGAAAACUGCGUCGAGGUUGUUCGGAUCAAGGAGGGCUUGGUGAGGAAGGUCUUCGAGGGUGAGAAGGGGCAGAACGUACGGGACAGCAGAGUGCUGCCACUGAGUGCCUUGACUGGCACUGGCGUAAAAGAGGCCGUUGAAUGGUUGUGCAGUAGAAUCAAGUGGAACAAGGAAGCGAGGCCACCAGUGAUGCGGUGA